AUGAUGGUCUACAAUCAGCAAUCAUUCGCAACCCUAUCCAAAGAAUCUUUGCUUAGAACCGCCUUCCUCGGUCUUGCUCUUGGACUCUGGCAAGUUCCCUCUGCGCUGGCGCAGGAUGUCAAUCAGACCACACCCACCAACACGACUCAACCUACAACAGUCAUUGUGCCUUCUCUCUACAACAACCCUGCCGAACCAACCAUCGAGGCCACUGGAUUCGAUGCCGGCAGCAACGGAUCCUCGAACGACAACCAGGAGAGCUGGCUGAAGCACAACAACCGCUACGUCUUUGUCAUCAUCAUCUGUCUCUUUGUAUUUGGUCUCUUGCUCUGGUAUGUCAUCAGAAGCGUCAGGGGAAUGCGAACCAGGCUUCAGAACGAAAACAACAACCACGCUCUCAUGAUGCAACAAGUCAACGGACGAUCGGACCAUCAUCGCGUCAUACCCGAGUCUGUUCCUAUUCCCAUGGACGUACCUGUACCUGUCUGUUUGUACCUGUCUGUACCUGUAUUUGCAUUUGUAUUUGUAUUUGCAUCUGCAUCAAUAUAUGUGUUUUUGUACAUUGAAUUGAGGAGGUCUAUGCGACCAAGUAUGAGAAAGACAAAGACAAAGACACAGAUGAGGAGGGGAAGAGCCGGGUUAAAUUGCAAUGUUCAACAAAAUUUGCCACCUUGUACAGUUGAGGAAUGGAAUGUAUUGCCAAUUCUAUGA